AUGGAGUUUGUUGGUAGCCAUGGAGAUCCCGAAAACAUUGAACAAAUGAAAGUGACUAAAGAGAAAAGAUCGGCACUCAUUGAACUUGUCGAAGAUUUUCACAAACAGUACCAGUCACUCUACCCACAAAAUGAUCAUCUUAGAGCAGAGAUGGGGAAAGAGACUGAUAGCAAAAAAGAAAAGGAAAGUUCUUCCUCUCCAUUCUCCUCUGACUCGGAGUAUUAUUCUCCUGAUGACAGAGGGAGCAGCCCCGUGAUAAAUAUGCAUCUUCAUCUUGAAACAUCAGACGGAACUACUGGAGAACUUGAUCUUGCAAGCUUAGAAAUUACUGGGCUGAAGCAUCGAUUGGCCUCUGAUUCUGCUGAAAAUGAAGCUUUACAUGCCAAAGUGCAUGAGCUCCAUGACACUCAAGCAUCAGCUCACAUGAAGGAGCUGGAGGAACAGUUAGCUACACUUAAGACUGAGAUGGAUUCCUUGUACAACCUGAAAAAAGGCCUUGAGGUACAGAUUGAAAACAAAGCAGCUAAAGCUAAACAGCUUCAAGAGAAAAAAUCACAGCUGCUUUCAUGGGUUUCGGAACUUGAACUGAUGUCAAAAGAGAAAGGAGACGAGAUAUCUACAAUCCAGAAGAAAAUGAAGGAUAAUGAGAUGAACUUCACAUCUAGAAUUGAAGAUUUAAUGACACAGGUCAAGAUUCUGCAACUGGAGACGGUUUCUUUACAUUCUCAGAAUGGUAAACUGAAAGCAGAAACUUUGGAAGGUGAAAUAGCAAGGAAGGCUAUGACUGAACAGGAACUGAAAGAGAAAGAAACCUUUCUUGUGCGGAGGUAUGACCAGGGACUAGAAGCGAACUCUCUCCGCAACCAAAAGAACAGAAUGGAAGAGCUGAUAAGAAGUAAGAACCAAGUGGCAGAUCAGUUGCGAGAAGAAGGGGAGAGGAUGCAUACUAGAAUAUUUGAACUAGAGGGGAACUUGCUAGAUAGAGGAGGUUCCUUUUCUCCUUGUCUGAAAGAAUACGAGAGCAGAGUCAAUGAAGCGUCUACUCAGAUUAUUGCCUUGAGAUCAGAGAAGAUGCAUUUUCAGGAGCAGAAGCAGUGCUCAAGAAACCCAACGAGGACAAUGAAAAUCUCUCGGACCCCAUUAGCCGAAUCUCAAACGAGCUUCAGUUUGCGAAGAACUGUAACAAAAGAUGACAUAAAAAAGCUGAAACAUAAUGUGGAUGGUUUGAAGCUCCAGCUCAAGGGCAAGGAAGAGAAGGAGCUUCUGUUAGGAGAAGAGGUGGGGAAACUAAAAGCAAAGCUGUGCAAGGAAGGGGGAGACAAGCUGAAUUCUGUUAGCCAGCUUGAGAUAAAGGUGGUAUAUUUAGAGCAGCAGGUAAAAGAUAAGGAAGAGGUUUUGCUAGGUCUCAGUGAGGAAAGGAGGGAGGCCAUAAGGCAGCUAUGCAUCUUGAUUGAUUAUCAUCGCGGCCGCUAUGAUCAUCUCAGAGAAGCAAUAUCAAAGAAGACUGUUCAUAUCAAGAGAAUGGCUUAGAAGAGAUCUGCAGACACUUUCUUCUUUUCUUUAUUAAUGCUGUAAUUUUGUUUCAACAUUAAUUCUUUCACUUUUUUUCCUUGAACAAUCCAUAUGAGCAAAUUGGUUAAGCUUUAAUGUCUCGUUGAAGCAUGUAAA